AUGGAGUACGAGUACCACUACAACAGCAGCGGCAGCGGCAGCUUCGCCAAGGAGAAGCGGCCUCCGGCGAAGAGGGGGCAGGUCAAGCUCCAGAUAGCGAGGGCGCUGAGCAACCUCGUGUCUCCCGGCGGCGCCGUUGAUGGCUCGAAGCAAGCAAAUCGUAACAGCUUCAGAAGGGAAACAAGCUACAACUGA